CAAGUCUUGAACAUAGCCCUGGUUGCUGGGUUAAGUAGUAGCUAUCAUCCGCUCGUGAAGAUCCAACCGUGAACAGCUUUUUUUUUUCUGGUCAGGUCUAUCCCAUUGCCUUUUUGCCUUUCAUCUUGUUCAAGCCUUUCCUGGUGCGAAGUGACAGCUACUACGCAAACAAACACCUUCGUCGAGUCAGCCUACCAACAACCCAUCUAUUCUCGACGUCCUCAUCCUCAUACAUCCAUAAACUCAUCAACCCCCCCAAAAAAAAAAAAAAUGCAUGGCUACGUCUCCUACAUGCUGCCCCUUGUGGGCUCUGUUAUUGCCCAGUCCACAACCACCAUGGUGGUCUCAAUGCCGCAACUCAACAUGAACAGGACAUGGAGCGGCUCAAUCGUCAAGGCCGACCAGACCCAGACCGAGAUUGAUAUAAAAUGCGGUGCUCCCGUUGCCACCGCAACCAUCAGCGCACCGCCCUGUCAGUUCACAAACGGCAUUCGCGUAACACAGGGUCCCUCGAUAUGGGGCUACUCUAUGGAAAGCACCGACUCCAACAUAGCCAGGACGUACCAUGCGACUUGCUCCUUUAGCGCAUCCAAGACCAUGACGUGCUCUGGCUCGGUGGUCGCAAAGGUGACCCAAGGCUCCUCCACGGCAACCCACACAUCCACAGACGUCCAGACUGUCACCGACCCCGCCAUGUUCGCCGUCACGGCCACCAUUACCGCCGGCGCGGACAAGGUUGCCUCCGCCACCGCUGGGCCCACAAAGACUAGCACCGGCGGCCUGCCAAAGAUGACCCAAAACGCUGUUCUUGCAGGCGUUGUUGCCGUGGUCGGAGGUGUGGUUAUGAUUUGAGCAUAAGGAGUUAACUUUCUUGUUUUUUUCUUCUUCUUUUUUUUUCUUUUUUUCUUGAGUGGGAGUUUUGGCUCUUUGGGUUUGUACAUUUUUUUUUUUUUUCCAUUUCUUGCAUAGCAG